AGGUGGUCUAGUAUCUACUUUUCUUAUUGCAGCUAGAAACAAAAUCGUCUUUGCUUGGACUGGAAGGGCAUAAUGAUUACUUAAAAAUAUGACUUCCAAAGAAUCCGAGUGUCGGCUAAUGCUAUGCCAUUGUUUGGCAAUAAUUAUGCGAAAGGAGGGCUGCCAAAGCGACCCUGGUGACUUUUGGAUGUAUGAAAGUGGUUACCUUCUUUUUCAGGGUCUCCUGGCAGCUAAUUCCGUUUGUUGGUGGAAUCACGCACUACAAGGAGCAGUAAAGGGUUUGACAUACAAAGGAUACGUUAGUCCUGGAGCCCUUUUGGUGGGCUCAGAUCCAUGUGCCUUAGAGGUGCUGCGAUCCGCAUGGGCGCGAAGGGUGCUUCAACCACCAGCUGGUUAUCAAAUAGUGGGGCUUGAGGAAAUUGAAGAUUUUCAAGUCAGCAAGGUAACACAAACUCAAUGGACUCCAUUAACGGAAGCUGUUUGCUCUGUUGUUUUACGACUUUCCAGCCAAGGACGCCCAGCAGGAUUGGAAUCGAUCAGAGAAUGUCUGAUAUUAGCUUUUCCACACGUAUCUCCACCCACAGAGGAAAUGAUUUAUGAUACCUUAGUUCAGCUCAUGGCCGAACGAAAACUAUACAACACAUCCAAGGGUUACUUUAUCGUAACUCCAGAAAGACGUAGAUCCAGAAGUCAUUCCCAUGGAAGAAAAAAGACAGCAGAUGGAAUAAACGGAAAACAAAUACUAAUGUCAAAUGAAGAAGCCCUUAUUUAUGUUCACGGUGAAAUAGCUACCAUACGGGAUGGUGACGUAACCCAUCAAUGCAUCCAAACGAAUUUGGCCGACGUUAUAUGUGGAGGAAACUCCAGUGACAAGGUUAUAUAUCCUCAAACAAGCAAGCGAAGAUCGGCAUCUUUUCCCGUCCAAAAAAGUCCAGACCGAAGGAACUCGUUUAAACUUUGGAGUUCGUCCAGGAGAUUGCGAAGAUCUGCUUCGACGCGUACCAUUGCAAGAAAUUGUACAGACAGUGGAAGUAGUACCGAUUAUCCCAACAGUAGUAGCGAUUCCGCUCAAACACCGAAGAAACAAUCCCUAAUCUCAAGGAUUUUCCGCCGUUCUAAAAGGUCCCACAGUCAGAUGAAUUCUUUAAAUGCCCAGUUUCCACCAACAGAAUGGUUCAACUCAAAAACGAUUCAUCUUCAUUGUGUAGGAACCCAAACGUCUUUUGGAAAAAAUGAUGAAUUGUUAACUGACACUUACAAGAUACCCAGUUCAGACUUAAGCUUUAGUAGAUCAGCAACUUUACCACGAAGACAUCGUCAUAUAUCAAACGAUUCGGAAGCAGUUGGUUCGUUCCCUGGAUCAAGAGACCAUUCGCCAAAACACAGUAGUCCUUCCCGAACGUCCACCCUUCUGCCCCAGAAUGGACUAAAAGUUCCAUCGUUAAGGACUAUUCGCAAGAAUAGUCGUUCCAGUUUAUCACCAAAAACCUUCACACCAGUCAACGGCAACUCUGCCACCGACAUAUCAGACGGUCAAAAACACGCCAACGAAAGCAUAACAGACGUCACAAAAGCGUCUAGUGCAGAAUCAAUAAAAACUAGUCACGUUAGAAAAAAUUCACGCACAUUGCAAAGACACGAUGCACUUGAUGGAUCAAAAGACGAAAACGAGUACGACAAAUUCCACUUGCAAGCAAAAAGUUCGGACACAAAGAGUUCUGUCAGUGUCGACAACAGUGGACCUUCUAGUAUAGAAUCGCAAAAGAGCGAAAGAACCGGAAGUUCCUUAACUAGCGGUCCAUCCAGUUUAGAAUCGAACCGAACAGUUAUUAAGAAAAACACAAGCACGCCACUUCAUUCUUGCAGAAAAACAUCGACCAAAAGUAAGGAAUCUACCCCUAAAAGAACACCAGAACAUAAAGCCAAACUAACACAAAGUAAUUCAUUUACUUUACAAGUUACUACUAACCAACUGGCUGGUAAUACAAAGUCUGGAAGUAAAGCUACAACAACCGCGACCAUCAACAGUGGCAGCGGAACUAAUGCGAAAAUAUAUGUCCAAAAUUCACCAGUAAGAUCUGUAAUCACAUUUGAAAACGGUCAAAAUAAUGACUCGAAUUUGGUCAUCAUCAGUGAAAAAGAUCUUAAUACAAAGACCACCCAGUCUCAAAAUGGAUCUGAAAACGAAGAACAAGAGCAAGACAAAUCCAAAAGAGCGUUUGUCAAGAACACGAACUCAUUACAAACGAAAGACGAAAAUCCCAACAGUUUAAACAACUCCAAAGAUCUUGUCAUCGGCUCCGACCAAUGGAAGGCCGAUAUCAAAAACGAAGCGAUGAACAACAAUAGAAAAUUAUCGUUACAACUCUCCCCUAAAGAAAGCCUCAGCUACUACAACAUGAUCAAAAAUGUCUCGUCUAGUACGAAUAAGAAAAAUUCCUGCAAUUCAAAUCCUGAAUCUCCAAAAUGUAAUUCCUUCAUUCCCACAGGUGAAAUUCCGAGCCCCACGAAGAGUUGUGACAAUAUCUCGACAUUCAAUGACGUCUUUAUACGAAAUAUGUCCGAAUCUAAAAGUACCCAUGCUAAUAAUUGUAUGGAGAAAAACAUAUUAGGAUCAGAACCUAACAUUAGUUGUAAGAUACAGGACUACAGGGACAAAGGAUUUACUAGAGAACUUGGUCAGGAACAAGAGUUUCCCAGCUUGACUGACUUAAGCUUUAACUUUACUAGUUUAGCAGCACAAAAGAUUCUAAAAGGGGUCAGUAUAAAUAGCAUAGAUACAUUAGUAGAACUUAACACGGCAUCCAGUGAUAAACCAAACAACUACGAUGUAGUGCACACAGAUUUUGGAUUGGUAUGAAUUGGAAGGUACACACGACUGAGCCACGUUCUUAUAUCAACUUUUGAAAAUGGUGAAAGUUGAAAUUUAGGUAAACAAGAAACUCAGUUGAACAGCAAUGAUUAAAUAAAUGUUCGUUUAUAUUGUACAGAUGUAAUAGAUGAAUGUAUGGUGCCAUUUACAAAUACUAUUAUCCACACGUAUUCAGGAAAUCUGAGUUAAGUUCCUGUAGUUGCCAUUUUUGUAAAUUUUUAUGUAAAAUAAACAAUAACACUGUAUGUA